GACACGCGCCCCAGCCGAACGAGCCCGCGACGGCGCACAGCGCCCCUGCACGCGCCCGCCCGAGCACAAGCGGCGACCGCGCCACGCGCGCGCAGCGCGACAGGCGCCAGCGCACGAGGCCCAGAGCCCUAGCCGCGGCGCGACGCGCCAGCUCGGCACUAGACAGCGCGACGCGACGCGCACACGCGACCGAGCCACACAGCAGCGCCCGAUCGAAGACACGCGCCCGCGCCAAGCGCCAGCAAGCCCAGCACGAGGCGCCCGCGACCUCGCGCCGCGCCCCAGCAGGCCAGCGCACGCGCCCGGCGCCCCGCCGAGACCACGCGCAACGCGACACCGCGCCCGCGACCCGACUCAGCGCCCCGACGCGCACAGAGAACAAAGAACGAGCCCGAGACCGCGCCACGCGGCCACGAACGCGACGGCGCGCCCAGCGACCGGCGACCCGCGCACGCGAGCCCGCCACCGCUCAGUGCCGCGAGAGCUGGGCGACGCGCCCCGCCACGCGCCCCGCCCGCGAAACGAGCCAGCGACCGCGCCCCGACACGCGCCACGCGCCCGCUGCCAGCGCCCGCGCCCCGACCGCCGCGACAUGCGCACAGAGCCAACCGCGCCGCGCUGCCACGAGGACCGCGACAGCCGCCCGGCGACCGCGACCGCGCCUCCGCGCCCGCCAGGCCCGCGCCACGCGCACCGCGACCGCGCCCGCAAAGCCGAGCCCACGAGCCGCGCCUCGCGACAGCGACAGAGCGCCGCCGAAGCGCCCGCGCCCGCAGCGCCGAGCCCCGCCGCGGCUCACAGACCGCGACCGGGCCACGCCGGCCAAGGACGACGCCGCGGCAACACCGCGCCCACAGAGGACCGACGCCACGCGCCGCCAGCGCCGAGCCCGCGGCCACGCGACCGGGCACAGCGCGCCCGAGACUACGCCGCGCACCCGCCCGAGCACAGCGCCACCGCCCGCGCCCCGCCGCGACAAGGGCCCGCAGCCGCGCACCGCAGAGCCCCGCCCGCGACGCGACCCGAAACGAGCCCGCAAACGACCGCGCCCGCGCCCGACCGCUACGCGACCGCAGCAGAGCCCACGAAACGCAGCGCCUAAGCCAGCGACCGCGCCACGCGCCGCAGACGCGCACCGCGCCCGCGCCCAGCGCCAGCACGCGACCGGGCACCGCUCGAGCCGAAGCGCACGCACGGCCUCACGCGACCGCCUCAGCGCCCGAGACCCGCCAGCAGCGCCUCCAGCCAGCGACCGCGACAAGCCCCGCCGACGACCCGCGCCCAGACCGCGCCCGGCGGCACGCGCCCCGGGGCCACUAGCACGCGCCACCGACGAGCGGCGCCGGCGCCGAGCCCGCCCAGCGAACGCCACAGGCCGCAGCUCACCGCGGACCGAGCCGCGCCCCGCCCGCGCCGGCGCCGCGCCCGAGCCCCGCCGAGACAACGACGAGCCCGCGCAGGAGCAGCGCCCACGCACGCGCCCCGCCAGACGCACAGACGAGCCCCGCCCGAGACCGGCGACCGACCAGCCCGCACGCGCACGACCGCGCACCGGGCCCCGCCAGCGACCCCCGAGCCCCGCGCGCCCGCCCGCGCCAGCGCCACCGCAGCCGGACGCCCCGCCGCGAACGCGCACGAGCCACCGCGCCAGGGCACACCAGGCACGCCGACAGCAGCCAAAGACCGCGCCCCAGCGCCCGACCGCGACUCACCAGCCCGCGCCCCGCCGCGACCGCCGCCCGCGUCCGGGCCGCCGCGCCAGCGCACCGGCCCCUGACCGCGCCCGACGCCAGCGCCCGCCCAGGGCGGGCCAGCAGGACCGAGCCCGCACGCGCCAGCGCCAGAGCACGCAGAGACAGACGACACAGACAAGCGAAAGGGCACGCCGCGCCAGACUCGAGCCUCCGCACCGCGCCCGGCGCCCGACGCCGGCGAAGCGCCCGAGAAAGGGCCCCGACCGCGACCGCGCGCACCGCGCACCCAGCCGCGCAGCGACGCGCACUGCGCCGCACAGCGACCGCCGCGCACGCGCCCAGCGCCCCGCCGCGACGGCGCAGCGACCCGGCCGGGCACCCGCCACAGCGACAGACGGGCCGAUGCCGGCGGCCGCGCCCCGACAGCGCACCGGCGUCCAGCGCGCCCGCCGCGCCGACGCGCCAGCGGCCCGGCCUCUCGACGGCGGCCGCGCCCGCGCCCGACAGGCCCGCACAGCGCCACGCGCCGGCGCAGCGCCCGCGCACAGAGACACGCGCCAGCAGCUAGCCGCCCAGCAGCGACCCGGCCCGCGCGCCGCGCCACGACCAGCACGCGCACAACGACACGCGCCGGACCGACGCAUGGCACCGAACCGGCCACGCCAGCGCCCGCGACCCGCGCACCGGGCGCGCCGAGACCGCGCCCCGCACAGCCGACCGGGCACCCGCCGAGCGCCGGCCACGCCGCGCCGCCGCAGCGCGCGCCCGCGAACCGGGCGCCGCUCCCGAGCCCGGGCCCGGCCGCGCCACAGCGACCGCGCAGAGCACCGCCAGCGACCACGCGCCCGAGCAAAGGCCGCGCACCGGCAGCACGCGAACCGCGCCGCGCACGCGCCCGCGAACGGCGCCCCUAGCGGCCCAGCAGACGAAAGCCGCACGCGCCCACGGACGCGCCCGAGACGCGAGCCGGCGCAGCGGACCAGCGCCCGGGCUCCGCAGCGGCCCAGCGCCCGCGACCGAGCCCGCGACGCGUCCGCGCCCACGGCGCGCCCGCCCGCGCCCGACGCACGCGCCCAGCCGCGCACCGAACGGCGCGCCCGCGCCGCGCACCGGGCCCGGGCAAGAAGCGCAAACGAGAAACGACGCGAACCGCGAAAGGACGCGCGACCCGAGAAGCGCACAGCACCGGCGCCCAGCGCCGAGACAGCGAGCACUACGCGGCCCAGCAUCACGCUGCUCGCGCCCGGCACACGGCUCGAGCCCCCGCCCGCGCCCGAGCCCACGGCGAGCGCAUCGCGCAGCGCCCGCGCACCGAGCGACCGCGCACCGAGCACCGCCCUCGCCACUCCCCCGCCCGCGCAAGCGCCACGCGCCGCGCCCGACCCCAGCCCCACGCGACAACGCCACCGCACCGCGCCAGCGCCACGCCCCGCGCCCCGCCCCGCGCCACGCCCGAGCGCCGCGCCCCGCGCCCCGCGCCGCGAGCGCCCGCGCCCGCGCGGCCGCCCCACCGCACCGAGCCUCGCCGCGCCGCGAAAACCAGACGCGCGCACGCCACGCGCCCGCGCCACCGCGCCGGCCCGCGCCGAGCCGAGAAGGCGCCGCGCCAGACGCCCCGCCGCGCCAGCCGACUGA